GUACCAACACUGUUGCUAUGGAGGCUUCAAAUCAAGAUCAAAACUUGCAAGCAAUUAUAAAUGCAGUUGUUGCUGCUUCGCUAGAAAAGGCCCUGGCUCAGGUGCUGCCCAUUGAGCAAAAAGACCCUAAAAUUUCUGAAACCCCGCUUUCUGACGAAGAUGCGGAGGAUUCCGAUUCCACAAAAAGAAACCCUUCCAAACCAUAUAAACGUUAUUGGAAAGGGAAUGGGCCAGAACCUCUCAAACGUGAGGGGAAAGAACCGGCGAAACGCUCCAAACAG